AUGUCUCUUCAGGCUCGCAAGAUUGCCAUUGUCGGCGGAACUGGCACGGUUGGCUCUCGUACCUUGAGCUCCCUCCUCGAUAAGAACAUCCACACCAUCACGGCCAUCUCCCGCAGCGACUCGUCUGCCACUUUUCCCGAGAACGUCACCGUCCUCAAAGGUGACUACUCGAACGAGGACUUUCUCGUCUCUGCUCUUAAAGGCCAGGAUGUUCUCAUCCUACAGCUCAGCCCCACAGCCAUGGGCGUCCAGGAACCAUUCAUCCGUGCCGCAGCCAAAGCAGGCGUGCCAUACAUUCUUCCCACGGAAUUCGGCACUGACAUUGAGGCUCUGGACUUGACCCGCCAACAACCCAUCAUAUCGGGGAAGAAGGGCUUGCGAGACCUCGUGGAGCAGCUUGGAGCCAGCAGCUGGAUCGCCGUGGUCAACAACCUCUGGUUCGACUGGUCCCUCAAGAUGGGCUGCUGGGGCAUCAACGUCAAGGAACGCAAAGCCGAGAUCUGGAACGGCGGCAACGUCAAGGCCAACACGUCGACUCUCAAGCGUGUCGGCGCUGCUGUGGCUGAGCUUCUCAGCCGACCCGAGGAGGAGCUCUCUGCGUACAAGAAUAGGCCGUUCUACGUCAGCUCCUUCUUUAUCUCACAGAGAGAGAUGCUCGAGAGUGUGCAGCGCGUUACUGGGACUACUGAUGCGGAUUGGGAGAUCAAGGAAAGAGAUAUUAACGAGUUUGGGAGAGAGUGUGACGAGAGGCUGAAGAAGGGAGAUAUGAUGGCUGCCCUUGAGAAGCUGUCCUCUUUGCUGCUUCGGGAGGGGCUCGGAGGGAACUACAACCGUAAGGUGGUUGAUAUGGACCGUUUUGGGCUCCAGCAGGAGGAUCUGGAUGAGGUCGUCAAGGGGGCUGUCGAAUCUGCUGGGCCUGCGCUGGUGUAA